UGCAGCAUUGUCACCAUUAUCAAAAGUCUUUUCAGUCCUCUUAAACUUGAGGAUUCUAGUUUAGGGUUUUAUUAAAAAAAAAAGAAAUAAGCAGAGUAAGAAAUGCAGAUUGCAGGAUUAACAAGCGAAGUGUUGGUAGCCAUCCCUUCAGCUGGAACCCUCAGUUUCAGACACUUCAAUUCCAUCCACUUCUUCUCAUCUUCUCCUUACUUCAAAAGAUAUCCUUCAUUCUGCAAUCCAAAGUUAGCGAUGGCACCCGAUAAAUACCAAGGAGGAAGAUGCUUAACUGUGAGAGCCUCAGGGGAGUCGGGUGAUAAUUUGUCACCAAUUGCUCCUGUAGAAUUCGAGUCCCCAGUUGGCCAGCUUUUGGCACAAAUAUUGAGAACUCAUCCUCAUUUACUGCCUUCAGCCGUUGAUCAACAGCUGGGUAACCUUCGGAGUGAUAAAGAUGACCAGAAAGAAGAAACUCCACCAUCUCAAGAUCUCCUCUACAAGAGAAUAGCUGAAGUUAAAGAAAAGGAGAGGCGGAAAACAUUGGAGGAAAUAAUAUACUACUUGAUUGUACAGAAAUUUGUUGACAAUGAGAUUUCAAUGAUUCCUAAGGUAACAGCAACUUCAGAACCUACUCGACGAGUGGACUUUUGGCCAAACCAGGAAGAGAAAUUGGAAUCCGUUCAUUCUCCUGAAGCAUUGGAAAUGAUUCAAAGCCACGUAUCCCUUGUACUCGGAGACCGAGUGGUCGGUCCCCUCAGCACCAUUGUUGAAAUUACCAAGAUCAAACUUGGAAAGCUCUAUGCUGCUUCGAUAAUGUAUGGAUAUUUCCUUCGAAGAGUUGAUCAACGCUUUCAACUCGAGAGAACGAUGAAGACCCUUCCUGAAGAUUUCACCAAGGGCCAAGCAAGAUUUGAGUUUCCGAAUCCGGAGAAGCAGCUCUGGGAUCCAGAUUCUUUGAUUAUGAUCCCACCUGAUGAUGGCGAUGAUGGUGAUGGAGGAGGAUACGCUGAUGCUGAAGGAAAAUCAUAUAGACUGAGAUCCUAUGUUAUGUAUUUGGAUUCUGAGACACUUCAGAGAUACGCAACCAUAAGAUCCAAAGAAGCUAUUUCAUUGAUUGAAAAGCAAACGCAAGCACUGUUCGGGAGGCCUGACAUUCUGAUUCUUGACGAUGGUUCAAUUGAUACAUCGAAUGAUGAAGUAGUCUCCAUCACUUUCUCUGGGUUGACAAUGCUAGUCUUGGAAGCGGUGGCAUUCGGUUCAUUCCUAUGGGAUGCAGAGAGCUAUGUCGAAUCAAAAUAUCAUUUUCUUAAGAGCUAACCAUCAUCUUUGCAAUUGUUGUGUCAUGAAUGAGUCCCGUUGCAGCUAUAUAAAACAUGAUGAAUGGUUAAAAAGUUGUAUUACAUGCUAGUUUCUAGGGAAUAUGACGUAAGUUUGUACAAGUUCGCAAAAUGGUAAACAAUGCUGCAAAAAAGGAAUAAAUACUAAAACUGAGUCGAA